AUGCAAGAUGAUUCCGGCAACCAAGGCGGCGGCACACUCCAUCCCCUUAUCGCUAUCAUCGGGUUCUCGUUUGAGUUUCCGCAAUAUGCCACGGACUCUACGGCUGUGCUCUGUGGUCGUCACCUUCCUUACGGACUUUGCUCCAUACCGACGGCCUUGCGCUUGGAUGGCGUGAGUCUUUUCGACUCAUCAGAUUUCGGCGCAAGCAUCAGAGUGCCUACCUACGUCGCUGACAAGCUUUGGGACGGGGGAUUUCGUAACGUAACUGGCUUCGAUAAAGACGGUCUCAAUCCAAUGCUGCACAGCUGGUAUGCGGCGAAUUUUGAUAUGGUAUCGUGGCUCUUGGGUAAAAGGGCGCCGCUCCUUUCGCAGCACCGAGAUGUCCCGAUGUGCGGACUUCACUUAUACGCAUACAGACUAUCCAACCCGGGUGAAUUCUUCCACAACGACCACCACUCGGUUCCCAGUCCCAGCAGAGAACUCACCCGCCAGUUCUGGCAUAACCCGGACGCAAUUCGGGAUUGCUCGAACGUGGAAGAUGACGCCGAGCUCCUGAGAACGCUCUGGGCGAAGACCCACGUCCCGCUAGAGCUGCGCCAGACUCGAGUAGAAGGCUUUCUGCGGCUGGCCGUCUUCGACAUGCUGCGCUGCAGCCAUACCUGCUGCUACGUGGAUUUCGGCGGGCACGUUUGCGAGAGAGCAGACUAUCUCCCCAACUAUCGUCCGAAGGAACCGGAUAUCGUGUUUUAUGAGAAGCUCGGAUGCUGUCUUGAGAAGAUGGCGAGGUGCGAGUGCCGGGGCGCUGAUAAAGUUCCGUGCGUUGUUGGCGAAAGAGAGACUUGCCGUUCGGUUCGUGGGAUGUGAGACUGGCGCAAUGAGGUUGUUGUUAUAUACCGAAUCUGAUGAAAUCUGUUAGGGUAUAAGCGGGUUAGGGGUAGAUGUACAGGUAUAUAAUAGGCGCUGGUCGCUCUCACAAGAAGUCGGUAGUAGAGCUUGUUUACGCCUAGCGGGCGUGCUUACUCAAAGAAAGUAGGUUGUAACUAGUUACUAGAGCGCCAGCAUUCUUGGGGCGACUUUAAAAUUUUAAUGGUUCUAGUCCAUUUUUGUUGUGUAUAGUAUUAUGUUUCCUUAGAACACCUCCCUUACAAGUGUAACUCUGUGACACUAGAUAGUCUUUAUCCUUUUCUUGAUUGCUGAGUCCGAUAGGGUUCAUCUACUCCCCUGUCACGGCCUCAGAGAGUGGUAAUAAUCGACUUGUCCUGAGCAUCUCUACGGUUUGGGGAAUCAAGCAAAAACUGCCAUGUUCACAAAUAGAGAAAGGUUAUAGGUAAUGUGUCACACAAUUGUAGUAUUUCCAAAGUUAAACGAAUGUAGUCAGGCCAUGACAAGUUAAAACAGAAUCAAACACCCAUAACAGAGUCUCUCACAUCGAUCGUCCUCCCCCAAUCUAAGUCUGAUAUUGCUUUCGACCUCACCAACUCCUAAUUUAUUCGCUGAAUGCCGCUUAGAGGAUGUCGACACAG